GGCGGAACUAGCUCCGCAGUCGCGAUGUCUGCCACUGCGCGCGCCGUCCUUCGAGCGCUCAAUUCAGUGCAGGCUAGGCGGCCGCGCGGUGUAGACGUGUCGUAGUGGUUUGUUGUCGAUCCGCCAGUAUCGAUUAUCUGACGCUGUUUCCAAGGAGACGGGUUGGAGCACCUCGUCACGGAAAGAACCGGGAGGUAGGUUACCUCCUCGUCUCAUUCAACAUAGAGCUGUCACCGCACGUUCCAUUGGAAGUUUCAAAUUCAGAAGUCCUACAUAAUCUCCAACUCAAUCAUCAUCAUCAUCAACAGCGACACGGACAGCAAGGCAUCCGGAGUUGCUUCUUCUUCUGCUGCUUCUUCUUCUGGGGUCAGACACCAACCAGCCCGCUGCUGCCUGGAGGAGAGAGACAACUGCGCGGCCUAACAGCAGGGGGUGACAGCGAGUGCGUGCAACUCAGGCUCAACUACUGCCCAAUCCAAGAGAAGUGACAGGUGACAGGUGACAGGUGACGUAACCACCCUUUCCUGCCAUGACCAUCACCUACACCGCGGAGGUAGCCACCUGUAGCGGCCUGGGCUGCUUCUGGAAGCUGCUGUUCAGGUGGCGGGGAAGCAUCUACAAGCUUCUGUGGCCUAACCUGCUGGUCUACGCCGUGGUCUACUUCACGCUCAGCGGGGUCUACAGGUUCGCGCUGGACGAGAAAGAAAGACUGUUGUUCGAAAAGGUGGCCCUGCACUGCCGCGACUACGGAGACCUCAUCCCCAUAGCCUUCGUGCUGGGCUUCUACGUCAGCAUCGUUAUCAAGCGCUGGUGGGACCAGUACAUCUGCAUGCCGUGGCCAGACAACCUGGCCAUGUUCGUCAGCACCCUGGUGCACGGCCAGGACGAGCGAGGCCGCCUGAUGCGCCGCACCAUCCUGCGCUACGUGAACCUGUGCUUCGUGCUGACGCUCCGCAUGAUGUCGCCGCGCGUGAAGAAGCGCUUCCCCACCAUGGAGCACCUGGUGGAGGCGGGCUUCCUGCAGCCCAGCGAGAAGCGCAUCUUCGAGGACCUGGACAGGAAGACGUCGCACCCCAAGUACUGGAUGCCCCUGGUGUGGGCCGGCGGCAUCAUCACCCGCGCGCGCAAGGAGGGCCGCGUCAAGGACGACUUCUCGCUCAAGAGCCUCAUCGACGGCCUGAACGUGUUCCGCGCCGGCUGCGGCGGCAUGCUCAACUACGACUGGAUCAGCAUCCCGCUCGUCUACACUCAGGUGGUGACCCUGGCGGUGUACAUGUACUUCAUGGCCACUCUCAUGGGUAACCAGUUCCUCGACACCACCAAGCACUACCCCAAGCACGAGGUGGACCUGGUGGUGCCCGUGUUCACCUUCUUGCAGUUCUGCUUCUACAUGGGCUGGCUGAAGGUAGCAGAGUCGCUGGUGAAUCCCUUCGGCGAAGAUGACGACGACUUUGAACUGAACUGGUUGGUCGACAGAAAUCUGCAGGUGUCGUACGUGAUCGUGGACGAGAUGCACCAGGAGCACCCCGAGCUGGUGCGCGACCAGUACUGGGACGACGUGUUCCCCGCCGAGCUGCCCUACACCGCCGCCUCCAAGCAGUACCAGACGGGGCCGCCCACGCCGUCCACGGAGAACGUGGAGGUGUCCGAGGCGCAGGCCGAGUUCAUGCCGCUCGAGACGGUCCUGGAGGAGGUUUUGGGCGGGGUUGACGACAUCGAGGACGACGACUCGGGGGCGAGCCGCCGGGAGACGCACCCCAUGAGGAUCCUGAAGGGCAAGCCCGCCGGCUCCACCGGCUCCAUCAACGCCAGCAGCAGCUCCGGUCCUCCGCCCGAGAGGAAGAACUCAGUGUUCAACAUGCUGUCCAAGCUGUUCCGGCGCGUCGAGAGCGGCAAGGACCUGGGCAGCAACCUGGGCAGCACCGCCUCGCUGCCUGGCCAGAGGGCGCGCUGCGCCUCCCGCAUGAGCUCCAGGUGCCAGUCGCAGGCGCAGAGCCACGCCUCCAUGGCCAGGGAGAGCACCUACCAGGACGAGAUGUUCCACAUGUCUGACGUGUCGCUGGCGGCGUCUGUGCUCACCAUCGGCUCGCACAUCCAGAUGGUAGCCCCGAGGCGCUGCUCCGUCGACCACGACGUAGAGGAGACCGCCGACACCUCCGAGGUGGCGCAGCUGCUGCCCUCCGCCGCCAGGACCAAGGACACUCCCCGCAAGAUAUCAUUCUCCAAGGAUACGACCUGCUCCACGCCUGGAGAGGUUAGACGUCUGGACAACGUAGAAACAGAUGACGUGAGUGACGUGAGUGGCAGUUCCGUGAAGACGUCUUAUCUUCAAGAAAAUGCUGAUGACGUCUCGAUCAGUGUAUCGCCAAAACCAAAAAUGUUUGACUCUCAAAGAAUUGCAGCUAUUCGAACAAGAAAAGUGGCAGAUUGGAGAGACCCGGGGCCAGGACUGCUGACCCUGGAGCAAGGCGGCGACGCACCGCGCAUCGUGGUGCCGUUCAGCCCACCGGUCACCCACAGCUUCGCGCAGGCGUCGACGUCGCCCAGCGUGUCGACGCCGGGACGGGAGCGACGGCGCGGGUCCCUGCCCUGGGAGGACGCGGCGGGGACCCGCCCGAGCAGCAGCCUCACCCGCAGCGUCAGGCAGCAGGAGGAACGCCCCGGCCCGGAGGCCGACCCGGCCGCCUGCGACCCAGCGCUCCUCGCGAGCACGUCUCCUGCAGUCGCCCCGCCAGCGGACAAGCCCGGGGCCUUCACCCCCAGCGCGGCGAUACCCGUGCCGGCGCUGUCGCCCGCCCACGAGGCGCCCGAGGGUGACGGCGCGGCGAUGCCCCUCGGGCGCCGCACGAUACACGAGUUCCGAGAGCUGGCGCCCAUCAGCGAGCAGUGCGAGGCGGACAGCCUCUAUUGCAGGACGCCGCGCGACGACUCGGGGCGCGAGUCCACCGUGUAGCCUCGGCCUCGCUAGUGGGGACAUCAGUAGAGGAACUGUGCAACGGUGUGUAUUGCCAGGAACAUAGUGUGAAAACAACCUGACAACCACUACUGCAGUACUCUACGCGAUGACACGGGACGUGAGACCACCAUGUAUUAUCUGCCUCGCUAGAGGAGACAUUAGGACAGGAACUGUUACACAGUAUGUUACCAGGAAUUGCUGGACAGUCUCUACUGCACCUCGAUACUAUGAGCCAUAUGUAGAGAAUUUUCCUUUUCCUUCAAGUCUUCCUUGUAAUAAAAAGGAAGCCAGAACUACCCUGCAAGAAAACUCUUUAAUGAAACCAUUUCCUUCCUGUUUUGUAGCGAGAAUUUUUUUUGUUUUCAAACAUAUGUUAACUUAACCACCCACUCAGUGAAGAAAGAUUAACAGUUAAUUUUUAAAAUGUUUUCUUUACAGUAGAGUUUUUUACCCGACUUUCGCUUCUCCGAAAUUUGGUAUCAUCUGAUGGCUCACCGUGAAUUUAGGCACUAUAAGUUUUAUAAAGAAAAUAUAGUGUGUGUUGCCGUCGGCCGGGGUCUCGGGUUCGAGUCCCGCUGCGAGUCUAAGGGGCUGGUGGUGUUUUAUGGUGUGUUUUUCCGGGAGGGCGCCAGGUUAGCUCGUACGUCUAACCAAUGGGGUGGGUCGAUCGGCCCGAGCGUGCUUCCCUAGACUCGGUGGCUGUAUCUUAAGGGUGGUAUUAACUGCUAGUAGACAAUGGUGACACUCCCUGUUCAGCAUAAGGUAGCUGGUGCCUAACUACAGAUGUAAUACAUGCACUGGAACUGAAAAUGUGUGGUACAUGUAUUUAUUAACGGACAUAUUUGGGUACACGAUAUUGUACGACACAACUUUUCGUUGAUAAUUUGGACAUAAUUGAUACACAAUAUUACACGACACUACUCUUGAUUAAUUAUGAUUGUCUCUCCCUAAGGCAGUCCGUUAGAGGGGGGAGUUCGUUGGUUGUCCUGGAGUCAGCCAGGUCCGUAAAGUGACUGACCUUAAGGCGGCCCUGUGGCCCGUGGCCUUAAGGCAGGAAUUACGACUGCCAGGUUAAGCCCUGCACCUUAAAAACAGGCCCGGGGUCGUGUGGGGAAUUGACGUUACAAAGGAUUUGGUUCAUGACUAUAUUUACCAGAGUAAAGAUUCGGUGAGUAAUUAAUUGAAGGUUCCCCACGGAACGAACGCACGAACACAUCCACCCCGGGCCGCGAGCUGAUCUGCACUGCCAGAGGGGCUGUCGCGCAGGGUGGGGGGGGAGGGGGUAACC